GGCGGUGGAAGGGCAGGGAUUGAAGGAGAGGACAAGAAAAUGUCAAAAAAGGACAAGAAAAAUCCUCCUGCUGCCCCCAACACCUCCGCAGACAUCUCCAAGCAGGGCAAAAAUGGAGCUCUGAAAUGUUCUUUCCAUCCCACGGGAAUUUCCAUGGUGUCAGAAGCGCUCCCUUCCCUAUCCGAGGCCUGGAGCUUCCCAGACACCAGAGAGGGCCCCGAGGGAGGCUGGGGACACUCAGGGACCCUCCCAAGGGGACAGGAGGUGGCAGGGACCCCUCCCCAGGGGCUGCUGCUCGUGCUGGGGGACACGGAGGAGCCUCAGCCUCUGGAAUUCCGAGCUCUGGACAUUCCUGGGAUGUCCCGGAGCCCUCGGAGCUCAGGGAAUUUGUCCCUGGAGCCGCGCGUCCCCCACCCUGCAGUGCCACCAGCAGCCAUCCUCCCUCUCCUUGUCAUUCCUCUUUAUUCCGCUUUAUUCCUCUUUAUUUCUCUUUAUUCCUCUUUAUUCCUCUUUAUUCCUCUUUAUUUCCUCUUUAUUCCUCUUUAUUCCUCUUUAUUCCUCUUUAUUCCGCUUUAUUCCACUUUAUUCCGCUUUAUUUCUCUUUAUUUCUCUUUAUUCCGCUUUAUUCCACUUUAUUCAGCUUUAUUUCUCUUUAUUCAGCUUUAUUUCUCUUUAUUCCGCUCCCUGGGCGCUGCUCAUCAAAAUCAGAAGCGAUUUCCUGAAAUUCAGCCCAGACGAGCGGCCUGGGCACAAAAAAAGGGGGGACAGGACCCUCUGCCCCCCCCCGGGGACACCGCGGGCGUCACCGGGGCCAUCCCGGGUCCUGGCAGGGGGAUUAGCCGGGUCCCGGCAGCGGGAAGGACACGGGUCCUGGCAGGGGGAUUAGCCAGGUCCUGGCAGCGGGAAGGACACAGGUCCUGGCAGUGGGAAGGACACGGGUCCUGGCAGGGGGAUUAGCCGGGUCCCGGCAGCGGGACAGCCCCUCGGAGCCCCCUCCCGUGUCCCCCCAUUCCCGUCCACGGCUCGGUGACCGCU